UGCCUGGGUCUUUUAGUAAAAAUAUAUUCAAACUUUACAUAUUUAGAAAAGAUUGAAAGCGUAUGAAUAUAUUUUGUGACUAUGGAUUAAAACGUUACGCAUUUGCCAAAAGAUGGAUCUCUUUAUUCAACAAAGGAAUGGUAAAGGUUCCCUUUAUUGUAGUCAUAACUAUUCAGACUUCAUUCAGGCAAGAUCAUUUUUAAAAUCUUUUAGAAAUACUGCCUCUAAAUGUAAAAUUUUUAUUGAUUGAACACGUAAAGGAAUAAAUUGAAUGUGAAGUGUCUUUUUACUCUGAUAAAUGUCUUAAACAUGAAAGUGUAGCAUCAGAUUCCAGCCUUAAUUAUGUUAAAAUAAGGCUUUUAGUGACAUACUUAUCACAUGAUUUUUUUUUUCGAACCCCGGUAAAUCUAAUCAAUUUAAGGAAUCCAAGACUCUUUAAAUAAAAAUGCUGCGGGAAAGAUGGCCAGGAUUGGUAUAUGUAGCGGGAAUCACAGAAAUGUACCAAAAGAAAAAUACGUCCACUCAACAAAACAGAGAUCGCUAUAGAAACAGUCUUCGAGAAUCAGAAGAUAACGUCAGACGCAGACGUUCGAAAGAAAUCAGAAGCAGACGAGAGCUGGAACUUGAGGAAGAUCUGGUAAAAACGGGUAGCGAAGACGAAAAUGAGAACCGUAAACCCUACAGGCGACGGAAGCUUAAUGAUAAUAAAAACAAGAAGACAUACUCAAAAUUAAAUAAAGAAAGACGAGAGUGGAAAAAUCAAAAGACCAGAAAAGAGGAAAUGCUUCGAUUUAAUGAUAGGCAAAGAAAACGACCGCUAGGUCAAGAAAGGCAAUUCAAACAAUACGGAAACAUUAGGAGCGUGCCAAAUCUUAAAGUGACGUACUUAGGUUCUCAACCAAGGAUGUCGGACGGCUCCCUAGCUGUCCCGGUAAGAGCUCAUCAAAUGGACUCCCAGGAUGACAGUCUUCCAUAUAAAAUGUCGGUGAAACGAAAGCCCCCCAACACUCACGAUUUAGAAAAACUAAUGGAUUCAUACCGCGAGAGGCACCCACAAACUCAAAUGUCAAAUUCCGUCUCGAAUUCCGACAUAAGUGGAAUGGAUGACCCAAGAGCCAAAGCACGAAAUAAAAGAGCUUCCAUUUUAAAUCGCGCUGAACGACUGCUUCACAGUCGGAAGAUAAGGGAGGAUUACUCCAGUGGAGAAGAUGGUGACACCGAGAAAAGCGAUAGAAACGACAAUGGUAACGUGACACAUAAACGACGGGUUGAUUACCCCUCCAGUGAUGACGACAAAUACGUUAUAGUGAAGACCACAGUAUCCCCCACCGAUUCCGAGAUUUUUACUGAUCUUGAUGUAGCACUUCCUCCCAUACCUCAGUUUGACACGCCUUCCGGCAAAUCGCUGCCUUCCAUGACAAAAAGCGAAAUUCCGGUUUACAGUGACGAUGAAUACGAGGUUUACCCAGCACAACGGCCCCACACAGACACUUACAGGGAAUAUCCCCCAUUUGAUAUGGGAAGGUAUGAACAAUCCAAAAUGAAUUCCGACGCGAAUGACAAAGCUGCAGUGCACAGAACGGUAGACAGGAAAGGAAAGAGGGUGACAUUUUUCCGAAAUGGUGAUAAAGACUUCAAAGGUGUGAACGUGUGCAUUAAUCCCAAACAGUUUCUGAACUUUGAGGCACUUCUUGUGUACCUUAAUGACCGCAUUGAAACGACAUCAGGUGUUCGAUAUGUUUUCGCGUUACCAGAUGGAAGGGAAAUCAAGAGUGUCACAGCAUUUCAACAAGGCAGGUCGUACAUUGUGUCCUCUGUAAAAAGGCCUGCCCUUGAAAUACCUUAUGGUCAAUCCAGAGAGCAGUUUUGGAAUAAUCGAAAACCCUCAGCCGGCCGUGUUCGAAAAUAUGAACUCGAAUUGUUCAAAAGAUCUGACUCGCCGAAAAACUCUCACAAAAAUAAACCAAGAGUGAUCACUGUAAUAAACAAUGAAUACAGAGAUAGAAGAGAAAAAUUCUAUAUCAAUCCAAAUACCAGGCACAAUUUUGAGGAUUUACUGCUCACAAUGGGGGACAUGACAAACAUUGAUAUCUAUGCUUUGUACACCGAGAAACAACCUCACAGAAAGGUUGAGAGUUUUAGUCAGUUAUUCAACGAGUUUAAAAACCAGGACAAUUUCAUUGCUUGUGGACCAGAACUGCUACCUCUAAAACCAGAAAAUGUCAAGCGUCCAGCUCCCAGCAGCAAUUCUGGAAGUGAUUCCAUAAGUGUUGCAAGCAGAAUGAAAAAGUUCCAUAAAGCAAACGAUGGAGACUUGGAUGAAAUAGAUGAGUACGGGAUGCAAGAAUCUCCAUCACCUCAAGAAGGUAAUUCAAACAGGAUUCAUUUGAACGGGUACCAGGAACAAAUCUCAGCCAGGCAUUACGAAGAUGCGGACAGCGUUAAGUUCAACAUUCGUGGAAAAGUCCGAGAUUAUUUCCCGCCUUCCAUUACAUAUCCAGAUGAUGAUGGACAACGACCAGACAAAAAGCUUAAGCUGGAAUGGAUUUACGGUUUCCAUACACGCGAGGGCUGUAAGAGUGUGGUUGUGUAUAAAACUGGAGAACUUCUGUACUAUGUAGCUGCUGUUGCGGUCUUCUACCGACGGAGUGACGAGAGAGGCGACACCCAACGGCAUUAUCUGGGACACACAGAGGAUAUAUCUAGUCUCACUUUGCAUCCAACGGAGAACUGGGUAGCGUCAGGACAAGUCGCUGGAAAGGAAAACCCGGCUCACGUUCGUAUUUGGGACGGGGAGAAACUUACUACGUACCACGUGAUUGGGAUCGGUUUCUUUGUACAGGGGAUUGCAUCCAUCGGAUUUUCGGAACAGAGUAGAGGCGGAUUUAUGUGUGUGGUGGACACGAGCGACAAACAUGUGCUCAGUAUCUGGGACUGGGAAAAGGAGAAAGCCAUCGCUAAAACGACGACUACAACAAAGACUGUCAACUGCUGCUGUUUCUACAAAUUUGAUGACACAUUGUUAAUCACCUAUGGCGCGGAUCAUUUGUUUUUCUGGCGACUCUUUGAGCAAGAUGGAAAAAUCUACAGGGACAAACUCAGUGGCGUAUUUAAGGAUUCUAAUCAACCUGCUAUGAUUACAUCACAUGCCUUUUCAUCAUCUGGUGAAUUCAUUACGGGAGAUUCAAAUGGUUCCAUUGUGGUUUGGACCAAAGACUCCAAAUUUGUGUUCACGAUGAAUCAAGGGGUAUCCGAGGAAAUGGAAGGUGCUCAUCUGAAACCAGUGAGUGCGCUGUGCAUGAUGGGUGAUAAUACUCUUCUGUCUGGCGGAGGAACUUGUAUCAGAUCAUGGGAUAGCAUUAAUAACUAUAGGAAAAUAUCCAAAAGAGAGAUUCCUGAAAUCGCUGGUAAUGUCAGAACAAUUGUUCCACAACGAGGAUUUGGAGCAGACGGACAAAUUUUUGUGGGAACCUCCAGAUCGUGUAUUCUAGCAGGAUCUCUCCCUGUCAAAUUCCGCUUUGUUAUUCAGGGUCACUACAAGGAAAUGUGGGCAAUAGCUGCCGUACCGGGUGAACCUGCAUUUAUAACUACAGCUCACGAUCACUUUGUCUUCAAAUGGUCAGCUGUUUCGCACAGAGUCCUCUGGCGGUCACCGAUGGAGAAGCCGUCCUCGGCUCUGGCCGUAGACAGUCGCGGUAUGUAUGUUGCCGUGGGUUCUGUGGCGGGGAGGUUCUUCGUCUUGAAUGCGAAAAACGGAAUGCAUAUCAUUACUGUCCAAGUAGGAAAAUCGCAAAUCAACACUAUGAAAUUCUCCCCGGACAAUGCUAUGUUAGCGGUUGGCUGUGAAGAUGGACACAUUCAUAUAUUUUAUGUUCACGACGAAGGUCAGAUAUAUCGAAAGAACAACAUUAUCCUUAGGGGACACGGCAAAUUCAUAACCAAUCUAGACUGGUCCACAGACAGCCGAUAUCUGCAGAGUGUGGACGGCGAUUUUGAUAUGGUGUACUGGAAUAUACAGCGCAUGGAAAAAGAUUACCCUCAAGCUCUUCGCGAUAGUAACUGGCAAACGUAUAGCUGUUGUGCUGGACAUCCUCUUAUGGGUCCUUGGACAUCCUGUGAUCAGGGUGAAUCCAUUUCUGUGGUGGCACGUUCUAAUUACCGGGAAAUUAUUGUGACGGGAGACAACACAGGGCGGAUCAAGGUCUUCAAAUAUCCAUCCUCCACUAACAUGCCUGCCUGUCGCUGGACCAAGCUCUAUUCUUCUACAGUGACAGCACUAGAGUUUCUGUACGAUGAUAGCUUUGUGCUAUCCGCAGCAGGAAAGACGCCAGUGUUGGCCCAGUGGAAUGUGGUGGACACAUUCAGUGGACAACAAAACAACACAUAAGAAAAAACACAGAAGUUCAGAACUGAGAAACUGCUAUGACAGUUUCUUUGCAUAAUUGGCAUAACAACUUGUAAAGUUUUAACAACCAUUAAACAUAGCCAGUAGUAAGCUUUAGAUAUUGACUUGCUGUAAUUUGACUAGUCUGUAAUCCAGUCCUCUGAGAUCAGUAGGGUACAGUAUGUGAAUUAGCAUGACGUUUACCUCUGUUAAUCGCCAUUCAUUAAACAUCUACAUUUACCUAUGUUUCGUUAGUAAUCAUCUUUUCCGGUUUCAGUGCUUCUUAUUUCUCAAUGGAAGCAUUGACCUUUCAGUUUUGACAUAAAACAUGUUCAUAAAAAGCAAGUUAAAUUUCAAAAUAUAAAUGUGUGUAGUCUGGGUCGUAAUUUGAGAGCGACGAAAAGGGAGGAAUGGGACAAUUUGUUCAUAAUAGGCUUCAAUGAUUGUAGACAUCACUCAAACAAACGAAACAUGUAUUCCUUGAUUAAUGCUGCAGUAUUCUCACAAGGCACUUCUUAACGUCCUUCCGUCCAUAUUCACCUAUCUAUGUAGAUGUUAAGUAGUACCUUAUAUUUUGAAGUAGUUGUAUGUGCAUCGUUAUCAUAAUUUGUAUGUAUUUUUGUAUGUAUAUUAUUUGUUUGUGACAUAAACAAAAAUUGUUGUAAUUCGUUAUUUCAAAAAGUAGCUCAAGUUUGUUUAGUACUUUAUUUUAAUGUUUUACAAAAGAAAAGGAAUGAAAACCUUUUAAGCUCUGAUCAUUCUGUGAUAAUUAUAACAAUUUCUGUAAUCUUUGUAAUUUGUUCAUGAUUAAUAAAUUAUCUUAAUAGUC